CAUUACACACACAAACAUGUACUGUAAAACAAUGGAGAGCUACUGCUACAACUACACUUGGUUUCCUUCCCAAGUACUUACCCUUAUAACCACCAUUAUCACCUUCUUCUUUUGCUUCUCUAGUAGUACUACUGCAACCCAAACCUUCUCUAGAAUCUAUGCCUUUGGUGACUCUUACACAGAUACAGGAAACACCAAAUCAUCCACAGGUCCAACUAUGUUCCAACAUGUAUCAAACCUUCCUUAUGGCACAACCUUCUUCAACAAACCCACUAAUCGUUACUCAGAUGGUCGUCUUGUGAUCGACUUUGUAGCUGAAACCCUUAACUUACCAUACUUACCACCAUUCCUUGACAGAGCAGAUAUGGAUACAUCUCAUGGUGUGAACUUUGCAGUAGCUGGUUCGACUGCCAUUGAUCAUGAGUUCUUUGUGAGGAACAAUCUCACUGUGGAUAACACUCCAGAGUCACUCAAAACUGAGCUUCUUUGGUUUGAUAAGUUUUUGGAAGAACAAGGUUGUGGUGAAGGAGCAAAUACAAAUAGUGAUUGCAGUGAAUUGUUUGAUGAUACUCUGUUUUGGGUUGGAGAGAUUGGAGUAAAUGAUUAUGCUUAUCUCAUUGGAUCUCUUGUACCUACUGGUACUGUUCAAAAGCUUGCCAUUGACAGUCUUUCCAGUUUUUUACAGGAGUUACUGAAGAAAGGGGCCAAGUACAUGGUGGUUCAAGGUCUACCAUCAACAGGAUGCCUGGCACUAUCCAUGUCAUACUCUCUCUUUGAUGACAGAGACGACAUGGGCUGUGUGGGGAGCGUAAACCUGGUGACUUACAUGCAUAACUCCCAGCUUCAAGACAAGAUUCAGGAUCUCAGGAAACAAUUCCCUAAUGCUGUCAUUACCUAUGCCGAUUACUCCAAUGCUUAUCGCGAGGUGAUGAAGAACACUCGCAAGUAUGGGUUCCAGGAGCCCUUCGAAGCUUGCUGUGGCUCUGGUGGUGGACCAUACAACUUCAACUUACUUGCCACAUGUGGGUCACCAGCUGCCUCAAGAGCUUGUUCAAACCCUAGCCAAUUCAUCAACUGGGAUGGUGUCCAUCUCACAGAAGCCAUGUACAAGGUCAUCGCUGAUCUGUUCCUCCAUGGUGGAUAUUGUCAUCCUUCAUUCAGUGACUUGCUAAGUAGAAAAACCCUUGGGAGCUGAGAGCUGACCUUGUUGUCACCAGCUUAUAUGCCAUUCUCAGUGUGAAAUCUGCAUCUACUUACUACUUAGAAAAUUACACUAGUAUAGUUCAGUGUACUACCCUGGUCAUCCUAGAAGAUCUACAAUAUGUAUAUUCAGUGUGCAUCAUUUCAGGUUUUGAUAUAUUUCUGAGUUGCUGCUCAACAGGGUAAGCCAA